AUGGGGAUUCUGCAACAUAUUGUCGCUUACGUAACAGGCGGUGCGAACGGUAUCGGUAGAGCUGUUGCAGAGAAUAUUCUUUGCCAAGGUGGUAAAGUAGUGAUAGCCGAUAUAUCCUCGCAUGGAGCAAAACUGGCGGACGCUAUGGGCGAAAGAGCUCUAUUCACAUGUACCGACGUCAGAUACGAAAAGGACGUUCUAGAAAGCAUGAAGAUGGUAAAGAAGAAAUUUGGAGGUGUGAACGUGCUCGUUAAUUCAGCUGGAGUGCUGGGUUUCGAGCGAACGUACGACUUCAAAUCUAAGAAACCCCAUUCGGUAGAUCUAUACAAAUGCAUAUACGACACGAACGUAUGGGGUCUGUUCAACGUUACUCGUCUGGUAGUCGGUAUGAUGGCGGAGAACACACCGGAUAUACACAAUCAGAGAGGCGUCAUUAUCAACCUUUCGAGUAUGGUUGCAUACGAGGCGCCAGCUAGCGUGGUCGUCUAUGGUAGUUCCAAAUCAGCAGUUGCUGGCAUGACAAUGCCUCUAGCUAGGGAUUUCGCCGAGAAAGGAAUUAGGGUCAUCGGUAUUUGCCCUGGUUUCAUCGACAGUCCCAUGAUGACUGUACUGACACCGGAAGACAGAAAGCAUUGGGUCACCAUGAACUUGACGCCGAAACGUUUCGGGAAAUGCGAAGAAGUGGCUCACUUGAUUCAAGCGUGUAUCGAGAACCCCUUGAUAAACGGCGAAAACAUACGUAUCGAUAUGGGCUUCCGGUACAACCAAGUCGGCGACGCGCAGAAAGAGACUUAG